AUGACCGGCGCAGCUCCUCUCUUGAGGACCGUCGACACUGCUGCUCGUUCAUCACGAAGCCGAAUUCCGCACCUCAAAGCACACAUCAAUUCUCGUCACCUACGGCUUCCAACGGCCUCCCUAAGUCCUCGACCAUGCAAAUCGCAGCCGAUAGCCAGACAGCCAUCGUACGGUACUCGCUCAUCUACCUCGACCGCGGUUAAUGGCCAUUUUUUCGGCCAGCUUGGGGACGCACAGGGGGAAGCUCGACACGAGAAAUCAGCGGUAUGGACGGCACCGGUCGAGUUUGAAAAUAUAACCUCGGACCAUGGCGUUGGCCUGGAUUCUUCACGCGGCUCUGCGGACGAGCCUAAGAGCUUGUCUGCCUGGGAUCUACGGGAGGACGAACAUCCGGACCGUGUCUUCUUCGCCCUGAUUCAUGCCGCGGAUGGGGCACAAUUCAUUCAUACCGCCAGCGACCAUGCCUUUAGCCGCGCAUUUUGCCAGCUGGAUCCCGAGCACUUCAUUGAAGCCUACAAGCCACUAUACCAAGACCUUCCACCCUCGCUUCACAUUGGCCCGGCCUUCCGAACCGUUCGGUCCCUCGAAGAUAGGUGCAAACGCUUUGUACGACGCAUUCAACGCAUUAUGCAGAUGCGGACCGAUGCAGGCUUUCCUCUUACGCUUGACGUCUAUCGCCACGUCCUUUGGUGUGCCGAGGUCGCAUGCGAUGAGCAAUUCGCGAGGCUGGUCUUCGACCGCGAGAUGUCCGCUCAAGGUGUAGAUCCGGACGAGGACUGCUAUAACAGCCUUUUGGCCGCAUGUGCCAAGUCUGGCUUGAACGAUGUAGCACACCGCAAGCACCACCGCCGUACACAGUAUCACCUGGAUCGGCGAGAGAACGUCCACGGUAUAAGGGACCAAGGACAGCUGGCCGUCCUCGGCCGAGGUCGCCCUCAUCGCUCGGAACCGGCAGGACUGCGAGAUUAUGUUUUGCGGGUGUUCAAGCAGAUGGGCGAGCAGGGUUUCGCCGGGAACGAAAAGACCUUCACGAGUCUCAUGCUCGCGCUAGGUCAGGACGGAGACAUGAAUGGAGUCAAGAGCAUCCUCCGCUCCGUUUGGAACAUCAACACCGAACUUCUCCUUACCUUCGAUGAAGAAGAGAUCGAAAGUCCGACCUUCUACGAGGAAAACUCUCCACUUCGCCCCACGGGGCGCCUUCUCGACACUGUGGUGCAUGUCUUUGGUAACAAUAAUGAGAUGUAUGUGGCCUCGUUACUAAAUGACUACCUCUCGCGCAAUUACAACAUCAACGCCCCACAACAUGUGUGGGAAAAGCUCUUUGAGCUCACUUAUCAAUUCGCUCGCCGGGAGAACGCCUGGCACCGGUCGAGAAAUUGGAGUCCUGGGCAUCUGCCUGGUCAAGCACUACCCCGGCUGUUUGAAAUGAUGACGGACGAACCACACAAUGUACAACCAACUGUACAACUGCUGACGAGGCUGUCUCAAAACGCAGGUCAGCACUUUGAAUACGAUGCUGCCAUUGGGCACCUUCGCGAAGCUGUGCGGUUACUCGAUGUUGAGCAGACGAAGCUUUCGGAGCUUUAUGACCGGAUAUUACCCAGCGUGACAAAUGUCCACAACGAGUCCUACUUCCUGUCCGACGAGUUCUUUGCUGAUCGGCAACUCUUCAUUCAGCAUUCCAUCCAGGUCGACGCGGAUUUGCAGGCGGUGAUACUGGCAGUUCGGCGGCUGCUUCGCCGUCAGCGUCCGCCAAGAAGCGAGUUGGAGCAACAGUGGGAGCAUGUCACUCAACGCAUUCCGGAUAUCAUUCGGGAAUUUCAGACAAAGCUUCCCAACGAGAUCGGGUAUAAAACUAUGAAUGGCGCGGUGAGAAUCAAGAAUGGCUAUUUGCACCGCAGCUAUGCUAUCGAACUUGCCGACGCUCACUUCAUUGUUAAGACUGGGAUUCUGCGCCGCGCGCUUGACCUCGACCAUCAUUCGAUAAUGAUCGAACGGCUCCGACGGGUUCCGAGGAAACUGGAGCGAUUCAGCAAGUGGUGUUUCCUUUGCUGUAAAGAGGAUCACAGUCUAUUGCAGUGUCCGGAUCGGGACCGUAUUCUGGCAGGCCCCAUGGAAGUGCUAUCUUAUGCCAGGCCAACUCUUACGGAAGACGGAGCCGAUGAAGAACCAAGCACCGGAUGGGCUCUGUUCCCAGAGGUGGAAGAGAAGCCCCAAGUAGUCGAGCCUCCUGUACGCGAGUCUCGUUCAAAUGUGCUCUGGAUUCGAUCCUCUGCGGAGAUGUGGCACCAGGAACACCUCAAGGCGCGUUGGCACGCUGCUGAGAAAGGCGAUGGGUAUGCGGGCCAAACGCCAGAUCCUGUGAAGAGACCUGAAGCAGGCGAGGAGAAAGAAGUUGAACAGGAUCUCGAAGACGAAUUCGAAAGCGAACCUGACGAGGCUAAGACCAGGCCGUAG